CCUGGUCUUUCCAUGAAUGGAGAUUUUAUAAUUGGAGGGAUCUUCACCAUUCAUUACUACACAAGCUCAGGAGAGAACCUGUACACCACACAGCCACCACAGCGACAGUGCACUGGGAGCAUGGACUUCAGGGAGUUUCAAUUUGCACGUGCUAUGGAGUUCAGCAUCCACGAGAUCAACAACAGAACCGAUCUCCUGCCGGGCAUCACAUUAGGCUACCAGAUAUACGACUCGUGCUCUGCCGUGCAGAUGGCGAUCAAAACUGCAUUUCAGUUUGCGAACGGCCUGGGCCAACUUUUAAAUGAUACUUAUUCUUGUUUAAAAUCUGCAGCUGCCACUGUACCCGCUAUCGUAGGGGAUUCUGCUUCCACCACGUCAAUUAGCUUGGCCAGAAUGCUCGGUCUUUUUGGAAUUCCACAGGUGAGUCAUUAUGCAACCUGCGCGUGCCUAAGCGAUAAGAGUCAGUUUCCUACCUUCUUUCGGACGGUACCUAGCGACCAGCACCAAGCGGCCGCACUGGCGAGAAUGGUGAAGUAUUUCGGCUGGACAUGGAUUGGGGCAGUACGCAGCGACACUGACUACGGAAACUACGGAAUGGCAGCGUUCCUAAAAGCUGCGCAGGAGGAGGGGAUCUGUGUGGAGUACUCCGAGGCCUACUACAGAACACAACCGCGCAGUAAACUGGAGAGAGUGGCAAAUGUCAUCCGCAGAUCCACGGCCCGGGUAGUAGUAGCGUUUGUUAACAUAGGUGAUAUGAGGUUUAUCUUGGAGGAAUUGGCACAAAAACCAUCGCCUCCGCUUCAGUGGAUUGGCAGCGAGACGUGGAUAAUUCAUCCAGAGUUUCUGCGGUUUAAUAUUUGCGCUGGUGCAUUAGGUUUUGGGGUCCCCCGAUCAGUUAUGCCAAAUCUUCGUGAGUUUCUUCUUGAUAUUUCUCCAGCACAUGCCGUGAAAUCACUUCUGUUAACUGAGUUUUGGGAGAGUGUCUUCAGCUGUAGCCUAAAAGGGAGGAACGUUGUCUCGGACAGCGUGCGGGAAUGUGAUGGCAGUGAGGACAUCCGCGCGCUACAGAACCCAUACACGGACACGUCUCAGCUGCGCAACACUAAUUUGGUAUACAAAGCUACGUAUGCCAUAGCGCAUGCUAUUCACGGUUUGAUUUGCAAUAACACUGAAUGCGACAAGAAUAUUCAAUUCACACCAUGGCAGGUACUUGACCAGCUCAAGAGCGUGAACUUCACCACAAAGAACAGUUAUCAGGUCAACUUCGAUUCCAAUGGAGAUCCAGUGGCUGUCUAUGAUCUUAUAAACUGGCAGUUUAGGGAAGAUGGCACUUUAGACUUUGUGUCAGUGGGCUACUAUGACUCAUCCAAACCGAGAGGACAGGAGUUCAGAAUAAGCAGUGUGAUUAUCUGGAUGGAAGGACAGACAGAGGCACCAGUGUCUGUGUGCAGUGAGAGCUGUCCUCCAGGCACCAGGAAGGCUGUGCAGAAGGGAAGGCCUGUCUGCUGCUAUGACUGUGUACCAUGCGCAGAGGGAGAGAUCAGUAACAAGACAGAUUCUCUAGACUGUGUUCACUGCCCUCCUGAGUUCUGGCCCAACACAAAACAAAACAGUUGUGUCCCCAAGCCUGUUGAGUUCCUGUCCUGGGAUGACACUCUAGCCAUCAUUCUGAUUAUGUUCUCCAUCACUGGAGCCUUUGUGGCUGUUUGUGUAGCAUCUAUCUUCUACAUAUACAGAGCCUCUCCCAUCAUCCGAGCGAACAACUCAGAACUGAGCUUCCUGCUGCUCUUCUCUCUGACUCUGUGUUUCCUUUGUUCACUUACUUUCAUUGGUCGGCCCUCUGAGUGGUCCUGUAUGCUACGUCACACAGCGUUUGGGAUCACCUUCGUCCUCUGCAUCUCUUGUGUUCUGGGGAAAACAAUUGUGGUUUUAAUUGCCUUCAGGGCUACACUUCCAGGCAGUAAUGUCAUGAAAUGGUUUGGGCCUCCACAGCAGAGACUCAGUGUCCUUUCCUUUACUCUAAUACAGGUUCUUAUUUGUGUGCUUUGGUUAAAAAUAUCCCCUCCUUUCCCCUACAAAAAUCUAAAGCACUAUAAGGAAAAGAUCAUCUUGGAAUGUGGCUUAGGUUCAGCUGUAGGAUUCUGGGCUGUGCUGGGUUAUAUAGGAUUUCUGGCUGGUCUGUGUUUUAUUUUGGCCUUUCUAGCAAGGAGGUUGCCUGAUAACUUUAAUGAAGCCAAAUUCAUUACAUUUAGCAUGCUCAUAUUCUGUGUAGUUUGGAUCACCUUUAUCCCGGCUUAUGUCAGCUCUCCUGGAAAAUUCACUGUAGCUGUGGAGAUAUUUGCUAUUCUGGCCUCAAGCUUUGGCUUGAUUAUUUGUAUUUUUGCUCCCAAAUGUUUCAUAAUCAUGUUUAGGCCAGAGCAGAAUACCAAGAAACACCUAAUGGGUAAAGUUCCCUCUAAAGCUCUUUGAGAUGAUCAGUACUAGCAUGAAGCUUCAUCACUUCAUAUAACAUGGGUCCAGUUAUAAUUAGAUUUACAUGUAACAAUGCAGCCUCACCAAUACACCUUUUGAAUAAAGUGCAUUUUAUAAUAACCAGCACGAUUAAUUUUCAUAUACAUUGCUUCACUGAUGAUAAACUAUAAACUAUUCUUUCAAAUCAUUUGGUC